ACAAGGCAGAUGCUGCGUAUCCUUCUUUAUUCGAUCUUCUAACAAAUGCUCCUCCUCCUUUGAUAUUUGAUUUACUUGGGGGCACGAUUCUCAACUUUCUUCUGAUUGCGCCGUGCUCUCCGCACAUCACGACUCACGAAAGCAUGGAAUUCAACGGUGGAAACAACCGCGACGAACUCCUCAAACCAAGGAAUCUGCCCUUGCAGGCAAUAUCCCAGUAUGAAUCAGCUUCGGAUAGCACUGGAUAUGGGGAUUUCUUUAGUGGGGAGCCGUCAACGAGGAGCCAGAGUCCAAGCGAGGCCCAACCCAACGCGUCAAAUGCUGCGAUCACUCCCCGUGGACCGAGAAUCGCCGUCAUGUUGAGCGCGUCGCCAAGUCAUCAUGGCUCUUACCGAAUCGGAACGGCGGAUGGAAUAUCAACAGAGCCUGUUAUUUCCGACUUGACACCCAAAGGACAAAUGAGAAUGCUGGCGGCAACGACGUCGGUCAUUCCACAACUAGGCCACAGUCCAACCAGUCACGCGAGUGCAACAUUAGGCAUCUCGUCUGCUGGACCCAGCCGCAGUCGAGGGAGACCAAAAGGAUGGAAACCAGGCAUGCCCUACAGUGGACAUGCAACCAAGCAGCAGCUCGCUACAGCGGCAGGAUCGCGCGAAGCCCGGCUAGUUAAGCAGAGGCCUUCACUUAAUGGAUUCCCAAAGCGUCGGGGUCGACCGCCAAAAAGCCCAGCUCCACAACCAAGAGAUAUUUAUUGCAAAGUCAACGCGCCAUUCGUCGCAUUUCUUUGCGAAUGGAAGGGGUGUAAGGCCGAAUUACACAAUCUGGAUACCUUACGACGCCAUGUAUAUGUGGUUCACGGUGGCAACAGCAAACGAGUUUGUUCAUGGGGGAAGUGCGGACGAAACGAGACACCUCACUCGUUUGAUCACCAUGAGGGGUUCAAGACACACAUGGAAGAAGAACAUUUGGUGCCUUUCGCCUGGCACGUUGGCGACGGACCGAACAACUCUAGCGGACUCGAAGCAACGGAGAAGAUGAGCGUGGAAGAUGAUAUCCCGGAUUAUCUGAAAGACGAGGAUGGAAACCAAGUGACCCCUUCCGUGAAAGACCAGCAGUUAGAGGAUGUCGUCACAUGGAAAAAUAAUCGGCGCCGUUUGAGGGAGCUACUCAUAAAGCGGGAUGAGAAUCUACCGGAUGAGACUUCGGAAAAUAGCACGGUGGAGGAGGGCAUCGCGUUAUGAGGUUGUACCUACUUGAAGGCAGAUUUCCCCGAAGCGCUCGGCGUCCAAUCCGACGUCUAAAGCCUGGUCAUCAAUUGGAGGUUUGAUAGAUAGUGUUAGUAUUGUAAGAUUUGGGUACUGAAUGUAAUUAACAAUUUCGACGUC